AUGAGAGCUCAAAUACCAGAAGAAAUCGAUAUAAACGAUGAAAACAAUAUAGGACAAAACUAUGAAAAGUAUAGCCACGAGCCUUUACAUCUACCAAGCGACGUUGAUUUUAUGCCUCGAAGAAAUGAUAGAAUUGAAAUGCCCUCGUUGAAAUAUAGGUUUCCUAAAAGCUUAAAUUUAAACGAUUCUGAAAGUACUGGAAGUCCUAAAGAAGAAAUAGUAUUAUUUGUCAAUACACCUGUCGAGUAUGAGUUUAAACCAACUCAAAGGCCUAAGAAACCGAAACCCACAAGGCCAACGUUUAGUAAAAUUAAAAACAAGGAUAGUGAUGAAAAUGAGGAUAGACCCUUUACGAAUUCUAUGGCGGGCCAAAGUCAGAUAGGGGAUCGUGAAUCCCAAACAGUUGUGAAACCAACUGUCAUCGUGAAUUUUAGAGGAUCAGUUAUGCACAGAGAGAGUGAUAUACGUCUUGAGAGGAAGAAUAAUGAAAAUGACACAGUUAUAGCCCAAAAUAUUUUUAAUAUAAAGCAGGAAAUCAAACUCGAUGGUGCCAGUGACUUGAGUAGUGGUGGAGAUUUUAAAAGACUUCCGGCAAAAGUUAAACAAGACGUAAAUGUGAGUUCAAGAGGAAGUCAAUUUGAGGAGGAUAUGAUGAUGUGCGAAACUUCCUCAUCCAAAGAAAAAGGGAGUCGUUCGAGUCGCCAAAAUGACGUCUUGCAAAUACUUUUUACGAUU